AUGGAAAAGAAUUAUGCAGCAAGUAGUGGAAGGGCCAUGAAUCACCGAUCGUAUUCAAGAAAAUACAGUUGGUUUUUAAGGGUUUUUAGAGAACCCAUUUCUGCAGAGAUAAAGUGGGAGACUCAUUGUGAGGCGGUGGCUCAUAUACCGGUGGUGGAAAAUAGAGAGAACAAAGAACGGUGGAAGGAAUCUAAGAGGGAGUUUCUUCAAAACCAUUCGAUUCUCCACAACGUGCAGCCAAGCCGUCUCUAUACCGCUCAUUCAAUUACGAAAUCAUCGACAAUCGACUUCACUCUAAACCCUGUCUUUUAG